GCUCGCCUCCACACCCGAAAGCCCAUUUUCUAGAGGCGGAAACCGAAGCACCCAGAGGGUAGCAGGGUGCUCAACGCGCUGCCAGCUGGGGCCAAACGCGUUGACCGCGCGGUCAGCUUCCUUCCGCGGACCACGGUUCUGGCUCUCUAGGUCUGGAAUGGAGCACGGAGAGGGAAUGGUAGCAACCGCGAAGGAGGGGACCCAGGAAUCCGAGAAAGGAAGACUUGGGACUGUGGUACAGACCUCCAUGAGCCGGUCCCAGGUAGCCCUGCUGGGCCUAGGUCUGCUGCUCAUGCUCCUACUGUAUGUGGGGCUGCCAGGCCCCCUCAAGCAGACUUCUUGGCUCUGGGGAGACCCCAAUGUCACAGUCCUGGCUGGUCUCACCCCUGGCAACUCCCCCAUCUUUUACCGCGAGGUGCUCCCGCUCAACCGGGCUCGCAGGGUGCAGGUGGUGCUGCUUCAUGGAAAGGCCUUUAACUCGCACACGUGGGAGCAGCUGGGCACACUGCAGCUGCUGUCGCAGAGGGGCUACCGGGCCGUGGCCCUUGACCUUCCAGGUUUUGGGAACUCAGCAUCUUCGAAGGAGGCAAGCACAGAGGCAGGGCGGGCAGAGCUGCUGGCGAAAGCACUGCGGGACCUGGAGGUACAGAAUGCCGUGUUGGUGAGCCCCUCGCUGAGUGGCCGCUAUGCCCUGCCCUUCCUGAUGCGAGGCCACCACCAGCUACAUGGAUUCGUGCCCAUCGCACCCACCUCCACCCAGAACUACACCCAGGAGCAAUUCUGGGCUGUGAAGACUCCAACCCUUAUCCUGUAUGGAGAGCUGGACCAAAUCCUGGCUCGAGAGUCACUGCGGCAGCUCCGCCACCUGCCCAACCACUCCGUGGUGAAGCUACAUAAUGCAGGCCAUGCCUGUUACCUCCAUAAGCCACAAGACUUCCACGUUGCCCUGCUUGCCUUUCUUGACCAUCUACCUUGAGUUAACCCACUCCCCAGUCCCAGCCUGGCGUGAACUUGGACAGUCUGGACUGCCACCCUCCCCCAACCAGGGAGACAGCCCCUGGGAUUGGAGGCCAGAGGCCAGAGGGUUAGACCCAGCCAGGACUUCUCAUUUCAUCUCACAGACACAAUAAAAAAGCAUAUUUGUCCUGCUUGGGAA